AAUUUUUUUGUUGAUACUUGCACUUGAUAGAAAAAUUCGAAGAAGAAUUCCUUGUAGUUCAAAAUGUCCAUUAUUGCUUUAAAAGGAAUUCCUCCCUCGUGGAGUAUGAAAACAGUGAUAGAAAAGACGGUAAAGACAAUCAAUGGGAAUUUUGAAGCACUUACCCUUCAAACCACCAAACAGGGCAGGAUAUGUUAUCUUCGCCUUUCAGAAAGACUGGAUCCAUUGUUUAUUGUGGCAAAAAUCAACAGAACUCAAUUUGGGAAAGUAAAACUUCGAGCUUCAAAACUGGAUGGCUUACCAAAUCUGCCUCAUAACAUAAAACCAAAAGGGAUUCCUCUUAAGAAGCGCAAAGCAUUACGUAUACCAAAGGAAUCAACUCCUGAAGAGCUCCUGUUAACUGGCACUAAUGAGAUUUUGCUUGAAAUGCAAAGCAAGUACACUGGUUUGUACAAUGUCAGUAAUAGGACUGGGCACAGACUGUUGGAUAAUAUUGCUAGGAUCCUAAUUGAUCGCCUCAAGAAUAUUAUUGAUACCGUAUCAGAUGUGGACACCUCUUACAAGCUCACGAGGCAAUACAGGAAAAUACAUCCGCACUUUGCUGACUUCCAACUAAUUCUGUCAACUCUUCACGAAAUAGAAGACCAGGAUGGGAAACCGCGCACACAAUUGAACAGACAGGAAUUCUCUAGACCCAACAUAAAGCCUCACGUUCUCGACAACAUACCAUACGACAGAGUGAAAGAAAUAUGCGCCAAGUAUAUUAACACAAUAUCAAAGAAGCUCACAGACCAUGUAAACAAUCUGAACACGGACAUCGGCGACGAGUCGAACCCUGAAGAGGUGGCGCAAAAAAGAGUGCGCGAGGCACUGAAGAGCAUCGCUCCGUUCAUUCCUACGAUUAUGAAUCAAGUGGUUUUGAAGAACUUCGUUCCAGAGAAACUGACGGCUUACAGGAUAAGGGUAUAUGGCGAGCCGUUCCUGCCGCCAAAGCAUAUUAUAGUGGAGUUCUUGAGGCGUUUCCGUGCUAGGAAACCAAUCCGUUGCCACCGCUCAUAUAAUCUUGUUCGUUGUAAGGUGCCAUUAGAAUCGGCAAACUUGCUCAUGGAGGCCGACGGCAGUGUCGUUGGUGGGGCCACAAUAUACUUUCGUUUAGCAAAGGCUACGUUUUACAAAAUGCCAGAUUCAAUUAGAACGGAAAUAAUGACUGCAUUCGGCAGGCAAGACCAAGUGCGUUUACCCGAACCGAUGGCUGUAGAUGAUGAGGAAGAAUGGAAUGAAGAUUGGUAGAUUAUAAGUGCAUUAUAUUUACAACUUCAAGGAGUUUUUUUUUUAAUUUAUGAUUAAAAUCUGUUUAGUGUG